UUCACCAUCAGCAACGCAGGAUUCGCAGAAGAGGGAGGAGGACAGCAAAAUGGCGCUGACCAGUUUUUUACCAGCACCAACUCAGCUGUCUCAGGACCAACUGGAAUUAGAGGAGAGAGCAAGAUCUCAAAGAGUGAGGCAGACUGCGUUGGUGUCAUCACGAAGGGAACCUCCUCCUUAUGGUUAUCGGAAAGGAUGGAUACCACGAAUGUUGGAGGAUUUUGGAGAUGGAGGUGCUUUCCCAGAAAUCCAUGUCGCCCAAUAUCCUCUGGAUAUGGGCAGAAAAAAGAAAAUGUCCAAUGCAUUAGCUGUUCAGGUGGAUGCAGAAGGAAAAAUAAAAUAUGAUGCUAUAGCUCGGCAGGGGCAAUCAAAAGACAAGGUCAUUUACAGCAAAUACACAGACCUUGUUCCCAAAGAAAUUAUGAAUGUGGAUGACCCUGAGCUGCAAAGACCAGAUGAGGAAGCUGUCAAAGAGCUUACAGAAAAGACAAGAGUUGCACUGGAAAAGUCUGUCUCUCAGAAAAUUGCAGCAGCAAUGCCAGUUCGAGCAGCUGAUAAACUAGCUCCAGCUCAGUACAUUCGAUAUACCCCAUCACAGCAGGGUGUGGCAUUCAAUUCUGGUGCAAAACAGAGAGUUAUUAGAAUGGUGGAGAUGCAAAAGGAUCCCAUGGAGCCACCAAGAUUCAAGAUUAAUAAGAAAAUUCCCCGUGGGCCACCAUCUCCACCUGCUCCAGUAAUGCAUUCUCCCAGUAGAAAGAUGACUGUAAAAGAGCAGCAAGAAUGGAAAAUUCCACCUUGCAUUUCAAACUGGAAAAAUGCAAAGGGUUACACCAUUCCGUUAGACAAACGCCUGGCUGCAGAUGGCAGAGGAUUGCAGACGGUACACAUCAAUGAAAACUUCGCUAAAUUGGCAGAAGCUCUUUACAUUGCUGACAGAAAGGCUCGUGAGGCUGUAGAAAUGCGAGCCCAGGUAGAACGGAAGAUGGCUCAGAAGGAAAAAGAGAAACAUGAGGAGAAACUUCGGGAAAUGGCCCAGAAAGCCAGGGAACGAAGAGCUGGAAUCAAAACUCACAUGGAGAAAGAGGAUGGAGAAGUUAGGGAGCGUGAUGAAAUCAGACAUGACAGGCGAAAAGAAAGGCAGCAUGACCGGAAUCUUUCCAGAGCAGCCCCUGACAAAAGAUCAAAACUACAGAGGAAUGAGAACAGAGAUAUUAGUGAAGUCAUUGCAUUGGGUGUUCCCAACCCUCGGACAUCCAACGAAAUUCAGUAUGACCAGAGACUCUUCAGCCAAAGUAAGGGUAUGGACAGUGGCUUUGCAGGAGGAGAAGAUGAAAUUUAUAAUGUCUACGAUCAGCCUUGGAGAAGCGGCAAAGAUAUGGCCCAAAAUAUAUACAGACCAAGUAAAAAUGCUGAUAAGGACAUGUAUGGUGAUGAUUUGGAGGCAAGAAUAAAAACUACUAACAGGUUUGUUCCUGAUAAGGAAUUUUCUGGCUCAGAUCGUAGACAAAGAGGAAGAGAAGGACCAGUUCAAUUUGAGGAGGAUCCUUUUGGUCUAGACAAAUUCUUGGAGGAGGCAAAACAGCAUGGGGGCUCUAAAAGACCUUCUGAUAGCAAUCGCCCUAAAGAACAUGAUCAUGACGGCAAAAAGAGAAGGAAAGAGUAAACAACUGAUUUCUUUCUGGCCACUGAGACUGAAUUCAGUACUUUAUGCCUUUAACUACAUGCUCUGUGCUGAAAAUAUGCACCAUGAGUGUUGAAAGGCAACAUUUCCCUAUGGAAUAGAGAAGGAAGGAAAAAGCAGACCUCUGAAUAACGUAGGUUGUAUAUUCUUGAUUUCUAAGUAUGUUCAUCUUCUUUGUUUCAACAGAGGAGGAGGUCUUAAUUUGAAAUAUUCCGCUUGAUUUAUUCUUUACUUAAAAAUGUUUAUUCCAGGUAUAUUCUCUUGUACAUAAUUUUCUCUUAUUUCUGCUAUGUAUUGUACUUGAAAAAGGGAAGGGUACUAAUUCACUUGCUCUGAUGUGACUAUAUAGUUCCACUUAACCUUAAAGAAGAAGCUGCACUCAUUUAACUAAAAUGGAUAUAUACAUAACAAAGUUUAUUUAGUUUCUUUACAUAGCAAUGAAAUAAAGUUUCCUUCCUUUUAGUUGGUGUUAGCAACUAUUUCAUCUGGCUGUUUUUUCUUCUCUUGACGUUUAACUUCAAGCUGAAAGAUUUAAGACAAAAAAGAACCAAAAUUAAUACCCAAUUUCAAUUUUUUUAACCAGAAUAAAUAUCGGAGUUAUAUAUUAGUACUAUUUCCAUCAAGUUAAAUAAUAUAAUCUGCAUUAUCUAUGCAGAUUACUACUGUAUACCUUUCAGAUAUCCAUACACAUUGACUAAGCUACCCCUAUAGCAGUGUAUUAAACCUUUAAUUAGAGGUGCACAUGAUAUGAAAAAUGUAUCUUGUCCCACACCUAGAAGAAACACACCGUGGCUCUGGAGUUUGUAAGACCUAUUCUAGGUGGGUCGUGGUCCUCCCAACAUUUGGAGUUUCUUCAUUAUAGGUUUCAGCCAAGACAAAUUUUGGACUGUCUUGUAGGACAGGUAGAGGAAGGCUGCUGCACUCUGCUCCUCUUUUCCCUUGGUCACACCUACAUGCUCCUUCCUCUGAUCAUUGAACCACCAGCAUCUUCCUCUCCUUUGGCUGCUGCAACCACCUUACGUGAAUUCAAGCAAAGCACUCCCCAACCAACUCACUAGCCCUUUCCACAAAUUGUCCCGGUAUCUUCCUUCCCUUUGCUGUUGCCUUGCCUCACUGAUGGUUUUUCCUUUUCCUUGCUGUCUCCCAUCUCAGAACAUACAUUUUGAUUCUGGCCCUGGAACAGUCCAUGCACAAAAUGUUUUGCACAUCCUACUUUUAACUGUUACUUCUUAAUUGUAGAAUCUGGGUGGUUUUUGUUUUUUUAAUGUUGUUUAAAUAACACAAUGAAGCUUUUUUUGCAAGAAAGGGGCACUUGAUAUAUCUUAAAAUUAACCAUCAAAAGAACUGAAAUUACCUGUGUUCCUUCAAAAAUAUGAUCUUUCAACAAAGCAUUAUUUCGACUCUCUUCUGUAGCAAAUCCAAUCCAGCCAAAACCUUUAUGGAACCCUGUUUCUACAUUCUGAACAUUCAAGAGAAUACAUUAGUUGAUCCAGAUAUCUGAAUAAAUUUCCUUUUUUACAUUUGGAGACUGUAUUAAUGGUUAGUUACUGCUUAGAGUUUGUAUUCAAACUGCUGAAGCACAUGAAUUACUUUAUCUGCUAGGUAGACAAGAAACCAUUUUCCAAUAUGCAAGAACUAAUUUGAUAGAAACUGCCUUAUGGAACAAUAGUUUUAGAGAGAGUGGUGUUGGUAAUUAUUUUAUUUUUCUUGUAUUUACUGGUAUUUAUUGGGAUACGGAAAACCAAAAUACACUGCAUUACCUGAAAGUAAGCCCCAGUCCAAUUCUGCAUACUUUUGAAUAGUUGUGUGUAUGAUUGCACUAUGUUAAUAAAGAAUUUAAAAAUAUUAGUCA